AUUUCAUGCAUCAACCCUCCUCUCGUUUUCACAUGCUACCACACUGUUCAGAGGUAACUGACAUAUCACACAAGUCAGUGUCUUACCAGUUUCGCGCUCUAGCAUCGCUUGGAAACACAAAUUUUAUCUUCUGACUUAUCUUCUGCUCACAUCUGGAUCCUGAAUAUAAAUUCAUCAGUGGAUCCCCUCCUGUCAAAAACUUCACAACUGCUUUGAAUAUACGAGAGGUUUGCCUGCAAGAUUUUGCCUGUAACUGUGAGACCAAGCCAGUGGGAUUUUCUUCUUCUCAACAGGGAAUCUUCUAAGGAGGUAUGGCUGACACUGAGACCAUGACGCCAUCGAGUUGGACUGUGCUGAUCCUUUUUUUCUGCCUAAUCGUUUUAAUUGUACUGCUGAUUUUAUUAUACAAGAAGCUGAACAGGGAGGCCGAUGGAGAAUACACCAUCCGGCGGAUGGUGUAUAAGGAAGGAGGGAUCAGGGACGGGAUGAGGGGUGCAGCAUUAGCUCUGGGGACACGUCUCGGAGUCCAGCUGUGGCCUCGCAAUGGUGCUGACGAAGACGGAGAGGAAAUGCGGGAAGUCCAAGAUGAGACGGAGCUGUUGGAGGGAGGUGGUAGCCAGGGCAGCGAUAGUGAGGAAGAGGAGGAGCAACGUGGUGAGACUAAAGGAAAAGGGGGUGACUCUUCGGAUGAUAACUCAAGUCUGGAGAGUUCGGAGGGAGAGGAGCAAACCAGGCUAACAGAUCAGCCAGAGUCAAAGGGAGAGACGGGGGAGAAAGGGGAGGAAAAGGAGGAGAAAGCAGGAGAUGGAGAAGGCAAAGGUGAAGCAAGUGGAGGGGCUGGAUUGUUGAUAAAUCUAAAGCAGAUCUCUGGAAGUGCCACCUGGUCUGAGGUAGAGGGAGGCGAGGGCAAGGACAGUGAUAUAACUGCACUGUGAGAACAGAACAGAAGAAAACAUGACAUAUGAGGGAGGCGUAGGGAAAACUCCAAAUGAGCUGUUAAAAUAUAUUUUCUGGGAUUUUAUUUAUUUUCCCAGCAUGAAGGUCUAAAUGGAAUCAACCUGUAAAAAAGUACAAAAAGUUUUUCAUUGCAGAAUGUAAACUCUAGACAUGGUCCCAUUGUCCUCAACUGUGGCUGCAGCUCUCGACUUGCAUGCAGGAGUACACUGAAAAAGAUUGUGAAUGUUUGCACAAGAGUUUAGCCUUUAUAAUGUAAAACGGUGGCAUACGCUUUUUUAAGAAAUGUGUUGUAAAUGUUUUUCUAAUUCACAUAAAAAAUAAAAACAGAUUUUAUUCUG